CGUACUUGCCCGCGUGAGAUGUUUAUUUGUGAUGUUUUGUCUUCUUCCCUUAGAAACUUGUUCCCUGUCAGUUAAGACUUCGAUUCGUGGCUGCGUCCGCCUCUGAUCUGUGCUCUGUCCAAGGUGCUGAAAUCCAGCUUUUCAAGGCGUUUAUCACAUGACUCUCUCCUUUCACUCAGCACAACGCGCAUCUGAUUCUGUUAGACUUUCCAGCUGAACAGAAGCCAUCCGGUUCCUUAUUCUCUCUAACACGGAUUUUUGUUUUUCUUUUUUAAUUGCUUUUGGUAUUUAUUUUUAGAUGGGUUUUAGACAUAAAGCACACUGAGAUGCAGAAAGCGGAGAUAUCACCUGUGUUGAAAACUCUGUUUUUUGGAUUGUAGGUUUUUGCUGAGAUAAAGAAAGAAAAGGAGAUAACGCAUAUUGGUGGUGGUGAAUGGGUUGAGGGGGAUUUUUUUGACGAUCAAGAAAAGUGGUCCCUUUUCUUGGAGUCUGUGGGCUGGGAAAAUGUAAGGGGAUCAACAAGCUUUUUGGCUUCACAACCAAAAUGCAGAAAGGAAUGCGACUAAAUGAUGGCCAUGUCACCUACCUGGGUCUUUUGGCAAAAAAGGAUGGUACGCGACGAGGUUAUCUGAGUAAAAAAAGCUCAGACAAUACAAAAUGGCAUACCAAGUGGUUCGCACUGUUGCAGAACAUGCUGUUUUAUUUUGAAAACGACUCAAGCUCCAGACCCUCGGGAUUGUACCUGUUAGAAGGCUGCGUGUGCGACAGAGCGCCAUCCCCGAAGCCGUCGCUAUCCGCCAAGGAGUGCUUGGAGAAGCAGUAUUAUUUCACCAUUAGCUUCAACCAUGACAACCAAAAGCCUCUGGAGCUGCGAACUGAAGAUGUGAAAGACUCUGACGAAUGGGUGGCAGCGAUAACACAUGCAAGUUACAGGAACCUUGCUACAGAACAUGAGAGCCUCAUGCAGAAAUAUCUCCACUUAUUGCAGAUUGUGGAGACAGAGAAAACAGUUGCUAAGCAACUACGACAACAGAUUGAAGAUGGAGAAAUAGAAAUUGAACGCUUAAAGUCUGAGAUUGCAAGCUUAUUGAAAGACAAUGAGCGCAUACAGGCAAACCCAACAGCUGCACCCAGUGAUGAUGAUUCUGACAUCAAAAAGAUCAAAAAGGUUCAAAGCUUUCUACGAGGCUGGAUGUGCCGAAGAAAGUGGAAAACCAUCAUUCAGGACUAUAUCCGGUCCCCACAUGCUGAAAGCAUGAGGAAGAGAAAUCAGGUGGUGUUCAGCAUGCUGGAGGCUGAAGCUGAGUACGUACAGCAGCUUCAUAUUCUAGUCAAUAACUUCCUAAGGCCACUGCGCAUGGCCGCCAGCUCCAAAAAGCCACCCAUUACUCAUGAUGACGUCAGCAGCAUCUUUUUGAACAGUGAAACAAUCAUGUUUUUGCAUCAAAUAUUCUACCAAGGUCUGAAAGCAAGAAUUGCCAGUUGGCCCACACUGGUCUUAGCUGACCUCUUUGACAUCCUGCUUCCUAUGCUAAACAUCUAUCAGGAGUUUGUGAGGAACCACCAGUACAGCCUGCAGAUCCUGGCGCACUGCAAACAGAACCGUGACUUUGACAAGCUUCUGAAACAGUAUGAGAGCAAGCCAGACUGUGAGGAACGCACUUUGGAAACUUUUCUCACUUAUCCCAUGUUCCAGAUUCCCCGUUACAUCCUAACCCUGCAUGAACUGUUGGCUCACACCCCUCAUGAACACGUAGAGAGGAAUAGCCUUGACUAUGCCAAAUCGAAGCUGGAAGAACUAUCCAGAAUAAUGCACGAUGAAGUGAGUGAAACGGAAAAUAUCCGCAAGAAUCUGGCAAUCGAGCGAAUGAUUGUGGAAGGCUGCGAGAUUCUGCUGGACACCAGUCAGACCUUUGUGAGACAAGGCUCCUUGAUUCAGGUCCCAAUGAGUGAAAAGGGAAAAAUCACAAGAGGCCGUUUAGGGUCUCUUUCAUUGAAGAAGGAGGGCGAGAGACAAUGCUUUCUGUUCUCCAAACAUUUGAUCAUAUGCACUAGAGGAUCUGGAGGAAAACUCCACCUAACUAAAAAUGGGGUGAUCUCCCUUAUUGACUGCACUUUGGUAGAGGAACCAGAGGGAACAGACGAUGAGGCAAAGACAGGUCAAGACAUGGAACAUCUUGAUUUCAAAAUCGUUGUCGAACCAAAAGAUGCACAGUCUUUUACUGUCAUCCUGGUAGCAUCAUCCCGCCAGGAAAAAUCAGCUUGGACAAGUGACAUCAGCCAAUGCAUUGAUAAUAUCCGGUGCAAUGGUCUCAUGAUGAAUGCCUUUGAAGAAAAUUCAAAAGUGACCGUUCCACAAAUGAUAAAGUCUGACACUAGUCUGUACUGUGAUGACGUGGACAUCCGGUUCAGCAAAAUGAUGAAUUCCUGCAAGGUCUUGCAGAUUCGCUAUGCAAGUGUGGAGCGUCUACUCGAGAGACUGACAGACUUAAGGUUUCUCAGCAUUGAUUUUCUGAAUACGUUUCUGCACUCAUACCGUGUGUUCACCACUGCAGAUGUGGUUCUGGACAAGCUCAUUACCAUUUAUAAGAAGCCUAUCAGUGCCAUACCAGCUAGGUCUUUGGAGCUUUUUUUUGCAAGUAGUCAAAACAAUAAGCUUCUGUAUGGUGAGCCACCAAAGUCACCCAGAGCUAGCAGAAAAUUUUCCUCACCUCCACCUUUGUCCAUCACCAAAUCUUCAUCACCCAAUCGCCGCAGAAAGCUAUCUUUGAAUAUCCCCAUUAUAACAGGGGGAAAAGCCCUAGAUCUGGCCGCCUUGAGUUGUUCUUCUAAUGGCUAUGCAAGCAUGUACACAUCCAUGUCCCCCUUCAGCAAGACCAGUCUGGACAUCAACAAGUUGUAUGUGUCAAGCUCCAUCUCCAACAAAAUCCAAGAUGAAUCAGACGGGAAAGGGGAAAAACCAGAAGAUCCAUCACCAAGCAAACCAGAAACAGCUGUGAGAGAACAGUGUGACAACAACCAAUCCCAAAAUGAAGUAGCAGACGCUGAGACAUCACCUACAAAGUCUCCUACAACUCCCAAGAAUGUUAAAAGCAAGAAUUCUUCAGACUUCUCAUUGUUCUCCUAUAACAACGGUGUGGUAGUGACAUCCUGCCGGGAGCUUGACAACAACCGCAGCGCGUUGUCUGCCGCCUCCGCUUUCGCCAUAGCAACAGCCGGGGCCAAUGAAGGCACGCCCACCAAGGAAAAGUACCGAAGGAUGUCCCUAGCGAGCACAGGGUUUCCCACUGACCAGAGAAACGGUGACAAAGAAUUUGUAAUCAGACGUGCAGCAACGAAUAGAGUCCUGAAUGUUUUGAGGCACUGGGUCUCUAAGCACGCACAGGACUUUGAUGCUAACAGUGAUCUGAAGGAGAAGGUAAUCAGUUUUUUGGAAGAGGUCAUUCAUGACCCUGAGCUACUCACUCAAGAGCGUAAAGCUGCUGCUAACAUCAUUAGAACAUUAACUCAAGAAGACCCAGGAGACAAUCAGAUUACACUUGAGGAGGUUUUUCAGAUGGCAGAGGGACUAAAGGCAGAACCAUUUGAAAUCCACUCAGCAUUGGAGAUUGCAGAGCAGCUCACCCUCCUGGACCAUCUUAUUUUCAAGAGAAUCCCAUAUGAGGAGUUUUUUGGGCAAGGCUGGAUGAAAACAGAGAAAAAUGAAAGGACACCCUACAUAAUGAAGAACACCAAACAUUUCAAUGAUAUCAGCAACUUAAUAGCCUCUGAAAUUCUGAAGUCUGAAGAUAUCAACAUUCGGGUGGCUGUCAUUGAAAAGUGGGUAGCAGUAGCUGAUAUCUGUCGGUGUCUUCACGAUUAUAAUGCUGUUUUGGAGAUCACAUCAUCACUAAAUCGCAGUGCCAUCUUUCGACUAAAGAAAACAUGGUUGAAAGUGUCCAAGCAGACAAAGGCUCUGAUAGACAAACUACAAAAGCUUGUGUCUUCUGAAGGUAGAUUUAAGAACCUCAGAGAAGCUUUGAAAAACUGUGACCCUCCCUGCGUUCCUUAUCUUGGCAUGUACCUGACAGAUCUGGCCUUCAUUGAGGAGGGAACGCCUAACUACACAGAAGAUGGUCUAGUGAACUUCUCGAAAAUGAGAAUGAUUUCUCACAUUAUCAGGGAAAUCAGGCAGUUCCAGCAAACAGCAUAUAAAAUUGAUCAUCAACCGAAGACAACCUUGUACCUACUGGACGCAAGCACUGUUCUUGAUGAAGAGAGCCUGUAUGAAGCAUCACUGAGAAUCGAACCUAAACUGCCCACCUAAAUGGAAACAGCUCAGCCUGGUGGCAAGAAUUGUACAAACUCUGUAUCAUAUGUACAUAGAUUUUCAUUUGUAUUAGGAACCUAGGCACAUCCUUUUAGUGUGUGUGUUUCUGAAAGGAGCUGUGUAUCCUUGUUAGUAGAAGAUUUUAGAUGCCUAAUAAGAGUUUAUUUGUAUAGCUACUGAGGUCCAGGGGCAAUGCACUUGGAGGCUUACCUGUUAUUCACUUGUUGUUUUUGUUAUUCUGUAACCAGUUUCUUUGCUACAACACUCUAACCGGUAAGGACCCGCCAUGAGUGUGAGCGGCCAGGUCCUCAAAAAGUUACUAUUUUAUGAAGGGUUGAAGCAAAGACAUCAUUUCCCCUGGAGUGCAUGAGGAGUGGGGUUACACAUUCCCUCAAAUGUGUUAUUGUUUUGUGCUUAUAAAUGAUGUCUUAACUCCUAUCUCCCCAUAUUACUGUAUGAAUGCCACUGGGUAAAAGAGGUGUAUUUUAAUAAUGAUCAAUAAGAGAAGAUUUUAUUUCCAAAUUAUUUUUUAAACUCAUUCUUUAUAUAUUGAUUAAAUCCAGCACUUCCAAUGAGUUUCAAGAGGGGCCAAGAAUGAAGACAAGGUCUUCCGAAUUUCAUCAGGGAAAGAGGUUGUUGCUUAAAAUGAGGGCCAUGUCCAGCAGCAAGGGGCAGGUUAAGCAUAUUACACCCAUCUGAAAGCUUUUUGAAAGUUUUUUUGGAACACCACAAAAAAAAGAGUUUAGGCUUUGAAAAUAAUUCUUCAAAUGUGCACUUUCCCAUAUUUCAUUCCAGCUUAUUUUAAGUUCAUAUGGGGCCAGUCAUUUUACUGAUGUCUACGAUGGUGUCGGGGGAGUGUGGAAAGGGCUGUUCCAGCAGCAGUAGCAGCCAAAGACUAACCCAAAAAUCACAAAAACAAAACCAACACUGGUGAACAAAUGUCUAAAAAGGAAGUACACCAAGUGUCACAAGCUUUAAAUUAAGUGUAUGCACAUCAGGAUGCAUCUGAAUUAAAUUACCAGCCUCCGUGAUACUGAUGCUGUUUGAAGUGUUUAGAUAGUCAUGGAAGACACUUGAAGUAACUCAGUUAAAAAUAUCAAUUUUUCAAGCAUCUUUUUUCAAAUUCACUUCAUGCCACUCGGGUCAUGGGUGAACCAGGGCUUAAUCCAGCAGCAUUUACACAUCAGGAACUCAGACUAUAGGAUGCCAGUACAUUGCAGUACAUGAACAUAAAGUAAAUACAGCAUGCAGAGUAUGGUUUAUUGUAUGUAACAUAUAUAUAGUUUAGCCCUCUGUAGUGACAGUACCCAACAAAUGGGAAAAACAACACAAAUAAAUGACAAGUUUGGUAAUUCAUUGAUACUAAAGAAUUGUGUAUUAUGUGUAAUUGGUAGUCUGUUUGUCCUUAACAGUACCUAGCAAACAUGUUCAGCUCAAAAUCACUCUCAUAGUCACUGACAUUUACCUAGCUCUCACUUUGUCAUUUGGUAAAAAUCCUGUUAUCAAAGAAAAACACUAUAAACCAUCUCCAGACAUUUUGUUGAACACAGGUAAACAUUCAAUUUUGGCCCAUUAUUUUUGUUUGGCAAUGCAUUCUCUGUUUGUUUUUUAAAUAGUACAUAAAAUGUGAAGUGGAUCUUUGAAAUCCUGUUGAGAGUUAAGCUAAAAUGGAUUAUGUUAUAUUUAAAGUAACUCCUAAUUAUGUAGAUUAAAGGACCUCAAAACAUCUUAUGGACCGCAUCAAGAAUCCAGAAUAUCUUCUUGGUCUGUGGCAGUAUACUGCCAAGACCUCAUUCUUUUAAAAGUGUAGCCUGAAGACCUUCUCCUAAGACACAUUUUGUAACGUUUUCAGUGCCACAUCUAGCCCUUAUUACUGUAGCAUCCUAAUCAAAUGGCAAUACACUUGGCACAGGAGAUAAUUUGAUUUUCUGUUACUAUUCUCAGGCCAAAGUCCACCUGCCUAUAGAAAGUUUCUGGGUUUUUGCCUGAAAAAAGCAGAUCUAAAGAAUGUACAUAUAGCAUAAGCUGAUUAGAAUGUAACCAGGUUAGUGUGCAUGGUGAAACACAAACAGUUGAAAGGUUCAAAUCACAAGAGAAUAUCAAGGACCAAGUCACUAUUUUGAACCUUGUGGAGGUAAGAUUGUUAACUCUUCUAGAUAAUAACAGACAUUUAUGACUAUAAGUGCAGUUUUGAUUCUGUCUUAUCAGAUCUUACAUUUGGCAUGGCCAGUUUGGAACAGAACAUAGUUAAUCUUUUUAGGACUAUGGAUAUGUUUUUCAUAAAAGGGUACAUGCUAUCUCAUCUUACUGUGCUCUAUCACUGAUGUAAUAAAAAUAAAAUGCAUAGUUGUUUUGAUCACCUGAUGUAGCAAAUUAAAAGGAACCUCCAUAUAAAGAAAAGGCUAAGGCAAUAAUAAUGCUGUUUUGGGGAUCCAGUAAAGAAAAGCCUUUUUGUUACAUUGGCCUGCAUGAAUAUCUCUCUGAAUUUCUUAUGUGGUUAUUUUGUCUAGAUUAUAGUUUCUUGUCAUUUGGUGCCAAUGACUGCAGUUUAAAUAAAAAACAUUCCAAAAGUAAGAAAUGAGCACACCUCAAAGUGCCCUCUACAUCACAGACACCAAAGUAAUCUCGUCAGGUUUGUGGUCAGAUCAACAGUGUGACCCACAAAGAGACAGUCAGGAGAAUGGCUCACAAUAGGUCAGCUGUCAAAGUAAUCCUGAACAGAGGCAGUCAGUUCAUUGGUGCACUCACCAAAGCAGAGCCUCAAAGGGGCACACAGUUGCUCUUGCUCCUCAGUGAGGUGCUAAGCAAAACUAAUCCACUUACCAAAGUAACCUGUAGCUGGGUUUGGGGUGAGGCCUGGCAGUAAAACAAAUAGUCCUGGAGAGAAUGGAUGCUUUAAAAGACAGCCAAUAACUUGCUCUUCAACCAGAUGGUGGAACAUUUAGCCCUAACAAGGCAGUCACUAAAGUGGCCCUCAGAAGGAAGAAUACUUUAACAAAUAAAAAGCUUUUCUUUUUUUUAUUAUGGCACUUCUUAAGGAGCCGUCACAGAGGUGGUAUUGAGCCAUCACCCUAUUGUGACCAGGAGAAAAGGAAAGCUAGAGUGGCAUCAUGGGGAAACUAAUUUCUGUAUAAUCUGGGGGUGAAUUCAGUCAUGUCUAUAGUGGCAAUGAACCAAUUCACUUUCAUCUCUUAAAUUAUAAUAAGGGGUAUUUUUGUAAUGCAGACAGCACAAGAGUUUUUUUCUUAAUAAGAAAGGAGCAUCUUUGAAAGGACAAAGGAUAUAUUUUGUAGAAAUUGUUAACAAAUUCUCUGGAAGGAAUUCUCUGUGUAUAUUUUCUACAUGCAGCCUUAUCUCUUAUGUGUGACCGUGUAGGACCGCAUUUCAUCCCAAUAACAAGCUUACUUACCUAAAAAUGCUAAACAAUUUGUGAUAUUUAGUACCACAACUUAGAAGUAGACAAAACUUUCAAGUGUUUUACAUCUACUGUAAUCCUGUCUAUAAUAACUCAUUUAGCAGGAAUAUAGUAAUGUAGUGCUUAUUCUGUGAAUAUUUGUACGUAUUUUUACAAUGUACAGUAUAGAAACUCUACAAACUCUCAAGUGGCACGCAUGUUCCACUUUCAACAAGAAGUUAAGGAAAAAGAAAACUUUUGCUGUAAGCAAUACCCACUGGUAUGAGAAUUAUCUUUCAAUCCUGAAGUUUAUUUCCACUUACAGCUUGUUUGGAAAAAAAAAUUUCCAGUUUUGUAUAAAUAUGUAUGUUUCCUGAUUACCUCUUGCUAAUAAAUCUAUUCUAUCUCAGGGUGA